UUAUGGCCCCAAAACUAUAACAUCAAGACUCACCUCAGUCUAACCUUCAAUUACAAUGCCUUUUAAAUUAAAACUAAAAAAAACCCGUCAAUACAAUGUUGUAUCUAAAAACCUCCUAGUUAUCUCCAUCGAGCUUUUAGAUGGUACAAAUGUCGAGUGCACUUUAAGCUCUGAAAGUCUGGGCAAAGAAUGCUUCGAACAUGUCUGCCAAAGGGCUAUGAUCAACCAAACACAGUUCUUCGGCUUGCGCUACAUCACCAAACAAAACUAUCCAAAAUGGGUCGACAUGGACAUGCCUUUAAGAAAACAAUUAGAGAAAUACGCUUCAUCCACAACUUUAUAUUUGAGAGUCAUGUACUAUGUUACCUCUGGAGUUUCUUUGAUCACGGAUGAAAUGACUCGGUAUCAUUAUUUCUUGCAUCUCAAGAACGAUGUGGCCGAUGGUAGGAUAGUUUGUAAUUUUCAGCAAGCUGUACUGUUAGCGAGCUAUAGUAAACAGGCUGAGUAUGGGAAUCAUUUGGAAACUAAUACAGAACAUUUGAAGCCGCUUUUGGCUUGUCCUAAAUAUAUUGUUGAGAAUAAUUUAUUGGAGGCUUUAACGGAAGCUGUGAUGAAGCAUAGUGCUGUUUUGCAGAAUAUGUCGCAGGCUUUGGCUGAAGAAUACUAUAUUGCGACUUGUCAGGAGUUGGAUGGUUAUGGAUUGGAGAAUUUUAUAGCAUAUGAAGAAAGUAAUAAAGAAGUUGUAUUAGGGAUUUCAGUUUUGGGUAUAAGUGUUUCACAUGAGGUUGCACAAACAAAUACAAAAUGGUAUAGGUGGUCGGACAUAAGUAACGUUAUCAAUAACAAGAGAACUUUUACAAUAGAGUGUUCAGAAGAUGAGAAAAUGGUAAACUUUAAUUUUAAUAAUGCUGAAUAUGCUAAAUAUGUUUGGAAACUGUGCGUUCUGCAACAUACGUUUUAUAUGAAGUAUGAACAAAAUGGAACUUUUAAAAGUCCGGAGGAUAUAAGCAGAAAUUUAUUUGUUAAUAGUGUUGAAGAUUAUGUGAGUUCCGAAACUGCUGACAGUGCCUUAAGCAAACAGUUAGGAUCUAGUGUCUCGUUAAAUGCCAAUACUCAAUCUACGUCAUGUUUGGAUUUAAGUGUGGUUCCUGAAGCAAAUCGAGCAAGAGAAUUACUAACACAAUAUCAGCUGCCAUCAAAUUCAACAUUAUCAGAACUAGUUUACGGAAGUCAACCUGAUAUUCAUCAGCACAAUCCUGACAUACAAAACAGUGUUAUGAAAGCAAAUGCUUUAUCAGCAAACGAAACCUAUUUCAAUUCUUCUCAAAGAUAUCCUGAUGUUACCCACAAUACUGGUCAAUAUGAAAAUCAGUUGGUUCAAAAUGCAAGUCAGAAGAACUUAUAUGAAGCCCAUAACACGAGUCAAAGGAAUCUUUAUGAGAAUCAAUUUGAGGCUGCACCUUCUUGCGCAGUUGGCAUGAAAAAGGUCUCGUGGAGGAGCGAACUCGAUGAAAAAGCUUAUCCGUCAGCAGCAGUUAAUUAUGGUUCAGAUACCAUUCACCAAAUGGAUAAUUUGAUUCAUGGGAGUGGUGUGAAUUUUUUGCACUUUUACAAACCACCGACAACUUUACCACCGCCUUAUCCGACGAAUAGACCACCGUAUCUUAUGAAUAAACCGCCUUAUUUAACUAAUUCUACGCCGGACUUGGCAUCCCAGCGAGUGAAUGCACCACUGCAUUUUGUGAAUCAUGUAUCCGGAUCAAGUCCUGAUCUCGUAUCGUCCAGAACAAUGCUGAACCACCACCUUUACCUAAAUUCCCUGUCAAACCGAAAUUAUUUAUCAAAUGCACAUGUUGCAUACGAGAACCUAAACCGUUUCUCUAAACAAUUCGAGAACGAAAAUAGAUUUCCCAACAAAAACUCCUCAAUAACUGAACACAUCCAAAAAAUCUACGAUGACAGGGGUAAUGUAAUUUAUUGCAUGCCCCGAGACAUUGAAGAGAUCGUUGAAAAUCAAAUCAAAAAUGUAAAAAUCAGUUCGGGUAAUAUUUAUAACGGGGUACGUGUCGAAGGUGAACCCAUUUAUGAAAAUGUUCCAAUGAGGAACGAAAUGCGACAAAGGGCUCAUAGUAUACAAUCCAUGAGAUUCGGGGAUAAACCUCAGUUGGUAAUAAAUGAAGAGGUAAUGAACCAUGCUGGUAAAAUAUCAUCCGCAAUGCGACUUAGUUCCAAUUCGGUGAACAAGGAAUUAAAUAUUAAACCACAUAAUCUUACACCGAGUCAUAAUGUGAGUGAUUCAAAUUUGUAUGACCAACUUGCUAUGGAACUUAGUCAACAACGUGCUCCAGUGGUAUCAUCUAAUCCAACAACUGAUAUGCACCAGUUUGCUGCAGAGUUAGCGAAACAACAAAACUAUAAAACAUCAAACAAUAUCAGCGAUUUAAAUCUUCACGAUAGGAUAAACCUGGAGGUCAACAAGCAGUUGCACAUGUCUGCCCAAAAUCUGCACGAGUAUAAUAAAAAGUUAUCUAGUCUUAAACCUGAUGAUCACCUGUCUAACUUUAUCAAACCUAACAGAAGGGACAGUGCAAACCUGAAAACGUUCCAAAAGGACGAACUUUCUAAUAUCAAACUAAACGAGGGCUUGAAUCUUAAAAUCAGCGAUGAACUUUCAAAUCUAAAUAUAUCCAAUGGUACAAGGUUGAACAAAAUUCAAAGUCUGAUGGAACUGCCAGUUAUGCACAAGGAUAAUAUAAAAGUAACUAAAGCUGAGAGUUUUAACGAUAAAGAAAAUUUGUUAAUGGGUUUGUCCUUGGAGAAAGAAAAAUCAUCAUCACUAUUGUUAAACAGAUCUAUAUCACACAUAGAAAGUAAAUCGAUGAAUUCAUCAAAAUCACAAUCGUUAUUCAGUGACGAAAGUAUUGUCAGUGAUAAUUCUAAAACCGACCCCAACACUGGUAAAAAGAAAAAAUUGCGAUGGGGUUUGUUAGGAGCUCGUGGGAAAACGACUGACAAAAUCAAGAGUGCUACCUUAGGUCGCGAGAAAAAAGAUGGUUCCAAGCAGUUGUUUUCAAAAGACACUUUUAACACGAGAGAUUUUGUUUCGAAGUCCGCAAAUAAUUCUAAAGAUGAAAGUUCGAAACAACGUUGGUCCACUGGGUUGCCACCAACGAUCAGCAAAGAAGCUUUGUGUCAACUACUGGAAAUAAAAUUGGCUGAUACUAAGUUAGCUUUCGAGUUUGAGCAAAUACCGAACGAGAUAAAAAGUGCUUCAAAAUCAGUAUCGAGAACCGAGAGUCUUUCCAGAACAGAAAUCAGUUCUAGAUUGGGAGCUGAAGCGCCUUUGACAAGAUUGGAAUCUGCUUCAAAGAAUUUCUUCGAAUACUUUCCAUAUGAGGAGAACCGGGUCAGGAUAACUCCUAACAAGGAUAAUCGGACUGGUUUUGUCAAUGCUUCACAUAUAACGGCAUCAAUUGGUGCCAAACAAGUGUUCUACAUCUGCGCCGAAAGCCCUUCAGAAAAAACCAUUGGAUACUUUUUGCAGUGCAUCUGGGAAGCCGAUGUCUAUUUAGUUGUCGAACUUCCGAAUUCCACGGAAAAUUUUAACUAUCUGCCUUUGAAUAGUGAUAGGUGUCAAGAAUAUGGACAAUACCAAGUUUGGAAAGAAUACUCACAGGAUAACAGUCAAUGUGUCACCAGCAAAUUGAGGUUGUAUCAAUUGAAUUCUCGAAGUUAUAGAUCUGUUUGGCAUUUGCAGUAUGCUAAGUGGUCCAAUGAAGGAUUGCCGCAGGAUGUUGGACACUUUUUAGGAUUUUUGGAAGAACUGUGUUCAGUCAGGCAGCAAAGCAUUUUGGAAGUCCCUAUAGGGCACAAUCGUAAUCCACCUGUGAUGAUACAUUGUCCGAGUGGAGGAUUGCGAUCAGGACUUACCAUGGCAAGUCAUUUACUCCUACAUACUGUGGACCAUAACCAGGAACUCGAUAUACCCAGAGUUAUCGGACUACUUAGACAACAACGUGCAAAUUUGUUGCCCACCUUAGAACAAUAUAAGUUUUUAUAUAAAGUCAUAAUACACUACUUACAGCAAACCAGACUUAUUUAAGGAAAAACAUUAUUAUUUUUAAAAAUUGUACAUACUAAUGAAAACAUAUAUUUUAUUUUGAGGCUCCCACAAAUUAUUUGGAGAAGACUAUAAACAGUUUACCAAUUUUUGGUCAGGAUGGACGUCAUUUAUUUAUCAAAUUUUUAUCAAAUACAAAUUAUUUGGAAUACACUAAGAAACAGUUUACGAACUUUUGGUCAGGAUGGACGUCAAUUAUUUAUUAAAUUUUUAUCAAACACACAAAUUAUUUGGAAUACACGAAGAAAAAGUUUACGAACUUUUGAUCAGGA